UCCACGUUGGUCCCUUGCACUCCCUUCUCUAGGGUUUAUCAUUUCUGCCGGAAUUCUUCCCCUGCACCUUCCUCUCUCUAGGGUUUAUCACCUCUGCUGGCAAUGACGAGUUACGUCGCACGCACGCUGCUCACCGCCACCAGGCAAUCGGUUGCCUCCAUCGCCUGCCGCUCCUACACCACCGCCCCAUCCGCUGGCCUCCCCAAUUUGUCCUCCGUGCUAUUCCGCAUACGUCCUCUGGUCGCUGCAACUUCAUUUCCGUACAUCCGUCGCCUUGCUCCGGCGGUGUCCACCAGGGGUUUCUCUACGCGACAGACGACAUCGUCGCUGAAUGAUCCGAACCCGAACUGGUCGAACCGGCCGCCCAAGGAGACGAUUCUGCUCGAUGGUUGUGAUUUCGAGCACUGGCUCGUGGUUAUGGAGAAGCCCGAGGGAGACCCGACAAGGGAUGAGAUAAUUGAUAGCUAUAUCAAAACUCUGGCUAUGGUUGUUGGGAGUGAAGAAGAAGCAAGAAUGAAAAUAUAUUCUGUAUCUACAAGGCAUUAUUUUGCCUUUGGGGCUCUCGUCUCUGAAGAGCUUUCAUACAAGAUUAAAGAACUUCCUAGAGUUCGCUGGGUGCUUCCGGAUUCAUACUUAGAUGUAAAAAACAAGGAUUAUGGUGGAGAACCAUUUAUCAAUGGUCAGGCAGUUCCUUAUGAUCCAAAAUAUCACGAGGAAUGGGUGAGGAAUAAUGCCCGAGCUAAUGAGAGGAACAGGCGUAAUGACAGACCUCGGAACUUUGACAGAUCGAGAAACUUUGAGAGAAGAAGAGACAACACCCAGAUGGGUAAUCAGAGCCCUGGAGCUGGGCCUGGGGGUAACUUUGGAGGCCAACCAAACAUGAACCCUCCUCCACGUCCAAAUGCUGGACCAGUGCCACCACCCAACAUGGGAGUACAGUCAAACUAUGGUGGAGGGAUGCCGCCUCAAGCCCCUGGAAACUACCCUCAUGGCCAGGGACCUAACACUGGUGGAGGAGCACCCUAUCCACCUCCUCCAGGAACAGGUCCUCAAGGCUAUUCUCCAAAUAUGGGCCCUCAAGGGUAUGCUCAAAAUUCGGGACCUCCUCAAGGGUAUGCCCAAAACACAGGACCUCCCCAGGGGUAUGCUCCAAACUCGGGACCUCCUCAGGGCUAUUCUCCUAAUGCUGUGGGUGGAGGAAAUUCGUACCAGAAUCAGCAACCGCUGCCACCUCCAAAUAGUUUCAAUCCAAAUCAAGGCCCUGGGAGUUAUGGACCUAAUCGUGGAUAUGGCACUGGGCAGGCUGGAUAUGCCCCGAAUCCUGGGCAGCAGAACUAUGGUCCAAAUAUGGGAGGACCUGGGCAAGCACCACAAGCCUUUGAUAAUCCAGAGAAUGUUCCUGGGAGGGAUUACUAAGAUUGCAUGCAUGCAUGCAUAUGUUAAUGGAAUUUCAGAUAUUUAGGGGAGUGAGUGCGGUUUGGCCUAACUUUCAUGUGAUAAACCUAUCAAUCUGUCUUUUGCCUUGUUAUCGAUAUGCUUAUACUAAACUUUGAUGUGCAGGCUCAUUGGUAGAUGCUGCAUUUCUCUUGCAUGUCAGGUUGUCCAGGGUUUAGAAAAUGAAAAUUGUAUGCAUUAUUAUUGUGCGCGCAGGCCGGCAAUAAGUGAUUGAAGUUAGUAUUGUAUGAA